AUGAGUCAAACAUCUCUGAAACAGAAAAAAAAGAAUGAGGCCGGGAUGAGGUACUCAAAAGAAAGUCUCGAAACGGAGAAAAGAAGGGAUUCUGACAAGUCAGGAGUUCGUCUGAACUCUCAGAUGAGGCGUGCAGUCAAUCCGAAUCACUCGCUGAGAUGGUGCCCCAUGCGUGGCCACGCGUCGUGUAGACGCUGCCUUUGUGCAGCUGAGGGAACAAUCCUUCCCAGCCCCUGCCGCACAAUCCGUAUUUAUAUUCACAUGUGCCUGUUGUGGCAUCAGGGCCAGCAGAUCACCAUGACCGGGGGAUCCCAAGAGUUGCCAACACAAAACACAGACUCUCGGGGCAAUGUUGUGCAAAAUCAAUGGUCUCGAACGUCACGGAGCCCCUCCACCAGAGCUCCAUCAGCAGACGAACCCAGAAGCAGAAACACUAGUGUUAAGGUAGAGCUCCCCAACAGCUCCACUACCUCCCGGACCUCAUCCACCUCCCCCAGCCAGCACGAAGCAUCGCCACCAAGACCGCAACCCAACACGCCUCCACGUACAUCCACCACGCGUGACAUGCGGCAGCCCACAGCCCCUGAGACUCAGGCCAGCAGCAGGCGCACCAGCAAGAACUAUGACAAUGCAGACACCUGGAGUCAAGGAAUGGGGCGCGAGGCCCGCGAGUCCAGGGAUUCGCAGUCCUGGGACUAUGGGCGGGACCCGCGGGACACGCGCUCACUCUCGCAGUCACGGGAGUACACACGCACAUCCCCCAGUGAAUGGAAGCCAUACUCCCAGCGCCGCGUGCUCUACCCGCCCUCCCUGCAGAUGGACAGCGACUGCCGGUCGGAAAUGCAGCCUUUGCAGCAGCAGCAGCAGCAGGAAGAGGAGGACGACGAUGAGGAAGCCUACUGGUCAUCAGUGAGGACUCUGUAUGAGAAGCUGCCCAGCUGCUCACGUCCCAGGCCUCCCAAACCCAAGAAUGCCAUCACCAUUGCUAUCUCAUCCCGGGCGCUCUUCAACAUGGCGGACGACCAGAAAAUCUACGAAGAGGAGGGCCUGGAAAAGUACAUGGAGUACCAGCUCACCAACGAGAAUGUCAUCUUGACCCCCGGACCCGCCUUUCGCUUUGUCAAGGCACUGCAACACGUCAAUUCGCGGCUCCGUGAUCUGUAUCCUGAUGAACAGGACUUAUUUGAUAUUGUACUGAUGACUAAUAACCAUGCCCAAGUGGGAGUACGGCUUAUAAACAGCGUCAAUCACUACGGCUUACUUAUUGAUCGCUUCUGUCUAACUGGUGGAAAGAGCCCCAUUGGUUAUCUGAAGGCGUAUCUGACCAACUUGUAUCUAUCUGCGGAUUCUGACAAAGUACAUGAAGCAAUACAAGAAGGUAUUGCCUCUGCUACCAUGUACGAUGGAGCCAAAGACAUGGCCUACUGUGACACACAGCUCCGGGUGGCCUUCGAUGGGGAUGCAGCCCUCUUCUCUGACGAAUGUGAACACACUGUCAAGGAGCACGGGAUGGACAAACUCUAUCAACACGAAACAAUGUUUGAGAAUAAAGCAUCUGCUCAGGGUCCCCUGAAAGCCUUUCUGGAAGAUUUAGGCAGACUGCAGAAGAAGUUUUAUGCCAAAGAUGAACGGUUACUCUGUCCCAUCAGGACCUACCUAGUUACAGCCAGGAGCGCAGCCAGCUCAGGCGCCCGCGUGUUGAAGACUCUUCGCCGCUGGGGUCUAGAGAUAGACGAAGCUCUUUUCCUUGCCGGAGCCCCCAAAGGUCCCAUCUUGGUGAAGAUCCGUCCCCACAUCUUUUUUGACGACCAGAUGUUCAACACUGAAGGGGGACAGAAAUGCGGCACCAUUGUGGCUCAUGUACCUUAUGGCGUUCAUCAGAAAUGCAGCAAUUAGGGAUUGGGAGAAGAAAUAAAACACCUGACAGU